CUGGCAACCCGCAUUCCAUCUGUCACACAUUCUGUCAUUGGGCAGGACACAAACAUUAUUUCAUGUUAGCAGCGUUAUCCUGACGUUUGAACAGCUGUCAGCAGAAGGCAUGGGCUCCGGAGAGAGUACAACCAGGAAAGUGUCUUUCGGUGUCGAUGACGAGGACCGAGUCCGGAUUCUCCGCGGAGUCAAGCUGUCAGAAGAUGUCCUUCAGAGGAUGAGAGGAGUGGCCAACAUUGCUCCAGAACGCCCAUCAGCAACCUCAAGCCCUCAGAAAGACACAGGUGCCUCUCGCACUGCUAGUUCAGGCUCCCGACCUCAGCAGAACCCACAGCACCGGGCCCAACCCAGCAACCCGUCCAGCAAACCGGCCUCCUACGCCAAGGAAGAACAAAAGAGGUUCGAACGGCAGCAGACGGCGCUGAAGGAGGAGUUUGCCAAGUUGGCGCAGAGAGAGAAGGAGGCCGCGAGGGAGGAGAUGACGAAAGCCAUGAGCCGGGAAAGACAACACAAACGUCAGGAAGCAGACAAGGCCAAACAACUGUCUGCAGAUGAGAUAGAAACGAUGGCUCAGCAGCUACAGAAGAAAGACUCGCAGCUGAAAGCGCUGGAUGCCUUCUACAAGGAGCAGCUGGCACAGCUGGAGAAGAGGAAUGGGGAAAGAUACCAGCAGAGCAAAGAGGAGUUCCACCAAGCUGCCUCCAAGACGGAAGCAAGCAUCAGGUCUCGUAACACGGACGCGGUGUGUCCUGGCCUGCAGGGUCAGAUUCUAACGUGUUACAAGGAGAACAGUGACCAGACCUUAAAGUGUGCCGACCUGGCCAAAGAAUACAUGCAGUGCAUCAACGCUGCAAAGAAGAACCUGCUGGUCAACCACGGAUGAAGAGUGGGAGUUAAAGGGUAAAGCAGUUAUCGGACACAGGCUUUUACUUUUAGGCGGCUAAUUGCGUUCCUGUUUUCAUUUGUCGGAGAGUUGAUUUGCUUUUAGCAUGCCUUGUUUUCAGAACUUUUUGUUACACUAUUUAUCCACCGUCAGUUGAAGCUGCUCUAUUAUUCUGCACUGCUAUAUUAUACAGGGAGGUUUUUUUUGAAUUUAGAAAAAUAAAAUAAAGAGUGUGCUGUGCGGCCAUCUGGUUCAUGGUCUGAGUCAGGACGCUUUCAUUUCAGUCAUUUACAAGAUCGGCGUAGAGCACUUGUAGGGCUUGAGAUGUAAAGAUGCAUUCAGGGCCACUCCUCCGUCGGCUGAAUGUAAAAUUCAGCUUACGUCCAAACCUCUGCUGCUUCCAAAGGCAUGAAAAGAAAGAAAAGAAUGUGAGGAGUGAGCUGAGUGGAGUGCGUAGGGACCGUCCUUGUUUUGAUCGCUGGCUGAACGAAGAACGGAUUCAGUUGUAUUUCUUUUAUGGUUUUGUAUUUUGUUUUUUGAAUGCCACAGGAAUAAGCUCAGGUAAUCCUGACUUCAAUUCAUCAGACCUGUGAUGUAUUACAUGAUUUUAUUAAAACCAUUUACAACCUG